AUGAAAUUCACUUUAUUCUCCGGCGUGUCCAAUCAACUCUCCCUUCCAGAAAACCCACAAUUAGAGCCCUUUGAAGUCAUCGCUCUUCCUGGCCCCGACAUUUGGCGGACUCCCUCUUGCGCUGGAGGCCGCGAUGACUUCAACGGCCCCAUCUACGCAACCCCCCUCCCUCUGAGCUCAUUCAAAAGCGCCAAAGUCACAAUCUCCUCCGACUUCCCCGGAAACUACUCUCAAGGAGGUCUCAUCUUAUUCAUGCCCGAAAACAUCCCACUCACCCAAACUGAUUCCCAACUGCGCCUCGAGGAAUCACCACGGACAUGGAUCAAAGCUGGUAUCGAGAAAGUCGACGGUGAAUUUUUUGCUUCUGUCGCUACUGCGAAACCGUACUCGGACUGGAGUUUGGUCAGGUUGGGGAAAGCUGUGCAACUUUCCAGAUGGAGAAGGUGA